UGUUUUCUGUGGGCUGAGCCCACCACAUCUGUGACCCCCUGCGGAAAUUAUCCAGACUGCGUUUGCCUGGGUGUUCCGGUCUGUAAAUGGGGGUGGUAGUAGCCUAGCUCAGAAUUGUCAGGAUUAUAUGAGGAAAUACACUGAUCAAAUUACAUGUUAACGAUGAAUAAUACUGCAGCCAGCCCAAUGUCUACGGCCACUUCAAGCAGCGGAAGGAGUGCAGGGAAGUCGAUAAGCUUUGCGGCAGAAUUACAGAGUAUGAUGUUUUCUUUAGGUGAUGCUAGGAGACCUCUUCAUGAAACAGCAGUUUUGGUAGAAGAUGUGGUUCACACGCAGUUAAUUAAUCUGUUACAGCAAGCUGCCGAAGUUUCUCAGCUCCGGGGAGCAAGAGUCAUCUCUGCCGAAGACCUUCUGUUUUUGAUGCGCAAAGAUAAGAAAAAACUUAGAAGACUGCUGAAGUACAUGUUUUUCCGAGACUACAAAUCCAAGAUUAUCAAGGGCAUAGAUGAGGAUGAUCUUCCGGAAGACAAAUUGAGUGGCAGCAGUAAUACAAACAAAAGACAAAAAAUUGCCCAAGACUUUCUCAACUCUAUUGACCAAACAGGCGAACUCUUGGCAAUGUUUGAAGAUGAUGAAGUUGAUGAAGUUAAACAAGAAAGAAUGGAGAGAGCAGAAAGACAAACUCGAAUUAUGGAUUCAGCUCAAUAUGCAGAAUUCUGUGAAAGUCGACAAUUAAGUUUCUCCAAAAAAGCCUCCAAGUUUCGAGACUGGUUGGACUGCGGUGGUAUGGAGAUAAAACCCAAUGUUGUCGCUAUGGAAAUUUUAGCAUAUUUAGCAUAUGAAACUGUGGCACAGUUAGUGGACCUGGCUCUUCUUGUGAGGCAAGACAUGGUCACCAAGGCAGGGGACCCCUUCAGCCAUGCCAUUUCUGCAACCUUCAUUCAGUAUCACAGCUCUGCUGAGGGGUCUUGCCUGAAGUCCUACCCAGAGUCCCCUGAGAACACACCUCCGCCUACACCGACAGCCCCGUCAUCUGGAUCACAGCACUCAGGGAAAACUACAGCAGGAUCCCUCGGAAAUGGGAGUGCUGGACAAGACUUGGCUAAAACCAAGCAAAGGAAAAGAAAAAAGAGCGCUGCGGCCUGUGGUGGUGAGGCUCACAGCGAUGCCAUCCAGCCCUGCCACAUCAGAGAGGCCAUUCGACGCUAUGGCCACAAGAUUGGCCCCCUUUCCCCAUUCACAAGCGCCCACCGCAGGAAUGGGAUGGCUUUUCUGGCCUGCUGAUGAGACUGUGACUGUAACAACAGGAAAGGCGAUGUUAUAUUAAGGUGAUUUCUGUUCCCCUCGUUCCUUGGACAAAAUAAAAUACAAGUUUGCCUUCUCUGUAUCCUCGGGAGUGGGUUGGUUUGUUGUGACUGUCAACUGGCUGACUCCGCUCCGUCCCGGCCCCCUCAGUGCUCAGUCUUGUUUACUAGCUGGGCCGUUUCGCUAAUUAAUGGCAGGAUGUUUGGGAUAGUGUGUAGGUGGACAAAGAAUGCAGAUCACACAAUUUUGAAAUUUUAACUUGGGAUGGAUUUACUGCCCUCAGCUCACAUAUCUUAAAAGCAGUGUCCCCCCCCCCUCCCCCCAGUGUUUAGUCUGUGUUUUAUUUGAUGCAUUUUGUAAUCCAGGUUUGGGACAGAGGAAACAAAAGGACAGCCAGUUUUCCCCUCGCACUAUCCCACCAACUUUUACUUGGUCACAUUUGCUGAUUCUAUGUAUCUUACGUGUAUUUUAGAGACAAAUAUUUGUUUUAUAAACUUACACUAAUCAAAGA